AUGGGCGACUCUGACGACGAGUACGACCGGCGCGGCCGAGGCCGGGACAAGUUUCGCCGGGAGCGCAAUGACUACGCCGACGCCCGUCCGCCGGUCGAUGUCGGCGGCGGUGGCCCCGGUGGUCCUGGUGGGCCUGUCGGUGGCAGUGUUGGUGGUGGCAGCCUGGGCGGUGGCCUCAGCCGCCGCAACGACUGGGGCGACCGCAACGACCCACCCAACAACUCCGCCAGCAUGGUCGGCGGCAGUGGUGGCACCGGAGGAGGAGGAGGCGGCGGUAAUAGCUGGACCUCCUCAUCAGGUGGCCUAAACCGAGGAGGCGGAGGCGGUGUUGAUCGAAACCUGCCACCUCGAAGAGACAACUACGGCCGCGACAGCUACGGCAGCGGCGGCGGUUCAAUGGGCAACCGUGGAUACAAUAGCGGCGGCGGAGGAGGCUACAACAGUCGAAACGAUCGCUACUCGCCGGCGGAUCGCACCGGCGACAUGAGCCCGCCGUCCAAGCGAAUGCGUGGUGGUGGGCGUGACUGGGAUGACCGAUAUCCAAACUAUGAACUGGGCGGUGGUCAUCAUUCGGGCGGUGGUGGUGGUGGACAUUACGGAGGAUCCAGCGGAGGAGGAGGCGGUGGAUACCAGCACCACCGAGAUGAAGAUGAACUGCACCAGCCGCCGAUGCUGACGCUGAAGCAGUUCCUCCUCGACCAGGACGACAACAUAGACGAGGAGACGCUGCUGAAGAAGUACAACGACUACAAGAGCGACUUUCGCCGCACGCAGCUGCAGGAGUUCUUCAACCGCCACAAGGACGAGGAAUGGUUCCGCGUCAAGUACUUUCCCGAUGAGAUUGCGAAGCGCAAGGAGCGCCAGGCGGCGACCAACGCCCGCCGCCUGGCCGUCUUCAUGAAGCUCCACGAGGACAAGUGGUUCGACGGCAUCUCGCUGGACGUCGACCAGGCGGACGCCAUUGUGCGGGUGAUGGACGCCGUGGCCAUCAUGCUCGAGGGCGGCACUGACUUUGACCUGAAGGCCAUCGACGAGGCGGCGGCGGAGGAGGCCGGCGGGCUGCCGCGGCCGAAGGACGGCCCCGGGUCGAUCUUUGCGGUGGAGAGCGCCAGCGGCUCCAAG